UCUAACCUUUACUUGUCCAGUUUGUUUUUGAUUUUUGAUCGUGGCUCGCAGUUUCAGAAUCAUUUUUAGUGAUAGCACACACAGUAAUCAUUAACAAAAGGACAACAUGCCAAACUUUAACGGGGCUAUUAUAGUGCACACUCUUCAGUUGCUAAAAUCUCCAGCUACACUGAGGGAAAUAGUGGUGACAAUAGCUAAAAAUACAGAAUUGCCCCAGGAAGAGCUUAAAGCGCCUGUGAAGCAAACCCUCGAGAUGGGUCAGCGUUUGGGAUUUUUGCAGAAACUAGACGGCCGGUAUUUUCUGGUACCCAUGACAUUCGACACCAUGGUGACAGAAAUGCAUGCCCUGGAUAGAGAAGACAUUGCAGAUAAACCUAAGACAGCAAAAAACAAAAAGAAGCCGACUCAGAAGAGCCCAUUGGUUUCGGUCGUGGAGCAAGCAACCGCAAAAAAGACGGUCAAAUCUCUGGAACCGCUUAGAAAUCUGAAAUCAAUCGAGGAAAGUCGAGGGCAGGACGCUCCGUGUUCAUCUGUCAACGUAAAACAGACUCCAUCUAUGCUUACCAAGUCAAAGCGUUUCAAGUAGCCAAGAUCACAGAACAGUGAUACUUAACAUAUUGUAAUCAUCGUGAAAAAAUUGUCUGUUCUGUUUUACAAAUAUUUGGCCGUAAUAUAAAAGAGCAUACAAUUUAAAA